GAACACGCUUCUGUGAGGUAUAGUGGGAACUAACGUUUCGCGUUAUGGGAAAAACACGGAGCUCAUGCGAUCGUUGGACUGUCAACAACAAUCUGCUGAACGACUUUGCUACCACGCUGAUGGCUGUCUAAUUCUUCUGUCACAGGGAUCAUCUUAAGUCAUGCCUGGGAAACUGAAGGCCAAAAUAGUGGCAGGGCGCCACUUGCCUGUCAUGGACAGAGCCAGCGACCUAACGGAUGCCUUUGUGGAGGUCAAGUUUGGAAACAUGACCUUCAAAACUGAUGUUUGUCCAAAGUCUCUUAACCCACAGUGGAACUCGGAGUGGUUCAAGUUUGAGGUUGAUGAUGAGGACCUGCAGGAUGAGCCGUUGCAGAUCACAGUGUUGGACCACGAUACUUACAGCGCCAACGAUGCAAUAGGAAAAGUUUAUAUUGACAUAGAUCCAUUACUAUGUUCUGAAGCUGCCUCUGUCAUCUCUGGCUGGUUUCCUAUCUACGAUACCAUCCACGGCAUCCGAGGAGAGAUCAAUGUACUUGUGAAAGUGGAGCUCUUCAACGAUUUGAACCGUUUCAGACAGUCAUCAUGUGGAGUCAAGUUUUUCUGCACCACAUCGAUUCCACGUGGUUACCGAGCUGCGAUGGUACAUGGGUUUGUAGAGGAACUGGUAGUGAAUGAAGACCCAGAGUACCAGUGGAUAGACCGUAUUAGAACUCCACGGGCUUCGAACGAAGCUCGUCAGAGACUCAUCUCUCUUAUGUCUGGAGAACUGCAGAGGAAAAUAGGGCUUAAAGUCCUGGAGAUGGGUGGAAAUGCAGUGGUGGGCUACUUGCAGUGUUUUGACCUGGAGGGAGAGUCGGGCCUGGUGGUCCGGGCUAUAGGUACUGCCUGCACUCUGGAAAAACUUGGCUCUGGAAGCGCCCCGAUUUGCUGCCUGCACCCUAACACAGCUCCUGCUUCGAACGCCUGCAACUCCCCUUCUAAAGAUGGAAAGGAGUGA